AAAACAUUUAGAAACCUUGUAAGCUUGUUGCCAAACAGGCUUUUUUAAAUUGUUCUGCAGUAAGUUUUUGUACAGAAAAAAAAGAGUGUUUCACUUAGCCAAAAUUUGCUACUAUGUAUAAAGCUGCUAAAGUGAAUUUUAAGUCAAUUAUUUUAAAAAUCAAAUUAUUUGGCCUAACAAAAUUCUCGAGCGGAAAGCGCAAGAAAUCCGAAAUGGAGCUGGAUGUGCUAGUGUUUGGUUCAUCAAAUAUCGACUACAUUACGUAUGUCAAUGAGCUUCCCAGGCCCGGGGAGACGUUGUUUGGCAUGUACAGGGAACAAUGCUAUGGCGGCAAGGGCGCCAGCCAAUGCGUAGCAGCUGCGAAACUGGGCGGGAGAUGUGCCCUGGUGUCCAAAUUGGGCCAAGAUAAGCUUGGCGAUGACUACUUCGAGUAUCUGCGAGAAUUAGGGAUCAAUGUGGACUUUGUGGAUAGGGCAGAGGGCAAGCAAACGGGCUUGACGGAAAUCAUUGUGGCCGAUAAUACUGAGAACGCUAUCAUCGUGAUGGCCGGUGCCAACGAAUGCCUGAAGACCCCCGAUGUCUCCCGCGCAAAGAAGGUGUUCAAGCGCGCCAAGGUACUGAUUUGCCAACUGGAAACGGAUGAGAAGGCCGCCCUCUGCGCGCUGAAGCAAUUUAAGGGUGAAUCCAUUUUGAAUGUCUCGCCGGUACCCAAAAAUAUGAACGUAGAGCUGAUCAAAGCGCCAACUAUUUUGUGCGUCAAUAGGUUGGAGGCGGCACAGCUAACGGACCGCGAGGAGAUCAAAACACUGCAGGAUGCCAAGGCGGCUGCCAAUGAUCUGAUAGACAAGGGUGCCAAGAGUGUCAUCAUCACGAUGGGACCACUGGGCGCUGUUCAUUUGUCAAGUAAGGAUCGGGAAGUCUGCACCCAGUGUCCGGCAGCGCCAGUGCGCUUUUUGGCCGACACUUCUGGCGCGGGUGAGGCCUUUUUGGGCAGUCUGGCCUACCACAUGUCAAUGUUUCCAAAUCUGAGCCGGGAGAGUCACAUCAGUGCGGCCAACAUUUGUGCCGCCUACGCUGUUGGGCAUCGUGGCACUCAGCCCAGCUUUCCGGGCCCGGAAUUGUUCCAGGCGGAUCUGUGCCAUGCGUCACCGGAGUUCAAUGUGAUACCCGACAAGGCUCCAACGCCGGAGCAAUCUGUAUCAGAGCUUCCGCCAGGAGCCGCAGACCCACCCGCCCCAGAAGAAGACCCUAAGCCGGAGCCACCAAUGGACCAGGAUGAAUCACAUGAACCAAAUAAAAUCGAAGAGCAAGAAAAAAACGAACGGGAAUCAAUUCCAGCAUGAGAAACACCUUUGCUAAACUUAAUGAUUUUUUUUUAAUGGACAGAACAAAUAGUUUUCUCAAAUCCUGGUUUUUAAAAAACUCUAAAUAAACGAAAAGAUUAUUUCUGCAA